AUGGCGAACCCUGCGCACUCUGACAUAAUUGAAGAAGACGCAGCAGAUUUACAAUUUCCCAAAGCCUCUGGAAUGCUCGAAGUAACCUCCAAGCCCAAUAAAUCAGUUUUAAAGGAUGAAAAUUUAACUUUAGACUCGAUUUGUCGUGGCUGUAAUUCUGCAUUAAUAGAACCUUACAUAAAAUGCCUGGUGUGUAAUUACACAAUAUGCUCAUCGUGUUUUUCCAACGGCUGGGAAGCAGCAGAGCACGAGAACAAUCACCCGUACCGAGUGAUAACCAAUGAGUUUCCCGUAAAUGACCAGUCUGGAUGGUCAGCAAGAGAAGAAUUAAUUUUAAUCGACGCUCUGAAAGUUUGUGGGUUUGGUAAUUGGAUAGACAUCGCUAAAAGAUUGCCUGGAAUGUCUCCAGAAGAAGUUGAAGCUCAUUAUAUGAAGUAUUACAUCGACGAGCCGACUUUACCCGGAUUACCCAAGUUAGAAUCCUCAAUUGCAGUAACAGAGACGAUAUAUUUUUCCUGCAAGCUCAAUGAUGUCGAAGAGCCUCCUAGGUUUGCUCCUAAUUCAGUUAACAGUCGCGCCUUGGCUGGAUAUAAUGCAGCUCGUUCAGAUUUCGAGGUGAAUUUUGACAAUCAUGCGGAGUCUGUGAUUGCUGACUUGAAGUACGAGGAGUUUGAUGAGGAAGAUGAUGAUAAUUAUAACCUGGGGAAGAGCUUGCAAGCUGCUAUUGUCGAGGGGUACAAUGCUCGGCUGAAGGAGCGCGAGAGACGGAAAAAUAUUAUACGCGAGCACGGCUUGAUUGCUGUCAGGCGGACAAUGCUGUGGUUGCAGAGGUACGACAGGACGAUAACGCUUCCAGUUGCUGAGAAAUUACUCAAGAUAAUGCAGCUGGUUAAUGGUCUUGACCUGGAUUAUGUUAUGGAGUGUCUCCAUCAUCGAGGAGAAAUUAAAAACUACAUCAGUAAGCUGUUUGAGUUUCGCAAAAACGGUCUCAAACAUUUUUACAGCGUACCUUUGUACCAAAAAUUGAGAAAUCUGAGACGCGAGCAGGAAAAAGACAGACGGUCAUAUGCUAGCAAUAUUGAACAGUCUUUUAAAAAUAUUUUGAAUGGGAGUAAUUCGGCUGCUGGGAAUAAUAAUUUAGUUGGAAAUAUUUGUCAACGCAAAAAGCCUCCCCCGUUGGAGAUCGAAGGCACGCCUUGCUAUGAUAAGCUCGAUGAGGCUGAGAGAGAGUUGUGCUCUACUGUACGCAUAAUGCCGGAGAGUUAUCUCGAGUUCAAACACUUGCUGAUAACUGAGAACAAAAAGAUGGGACACUUGAGACUUGCCCAGGCGAGAACUUUACUUAAGAUUGAUGUUAAUAAAACGAGGAAGAUUUUUGACUUUUUGGCACAGCUUGAGUUUGAAAACGCUGAGACCCUUCUGAUAUCUGAGGUACAUCUGCUGCUCCAGCACAGAAAAGCGCAAAAUGAAUUAGCUGAAGACGAGCAAGAAUUCUCUGAAGUAUUUACUAAAAGUUUUAAUUACACUGAACGGUUCCGUAAAUUUAAAAGCAAGGAAAUGAUUUCUGCUGUUAGAAGAUACACACAUCCACUCAGCAGAUGCGUGCACAAAUGGCAAUUUGCGACAAGUAUCAGCAUCACUACCAGUCAGCCAGCCAGCCAGCGAGUCUCUGAAAAGAAGAUAGCUAAUUGUCGUAGCGACAACCUCGCAUUAGCUUGCUGAAUAUCGGGUUGCAAGGUCGAGGUGUACUCGGAUAUCCUUGGCCCUGAUAUCUUCAUAGCGAAUGGAAAUUACAAUAUCUGGCCUAUCAACUGA